AUGACCGCGCGCGGUUUCUCAACGCCGACCCCCUGGGCCACCGGUGGCAAGAAGAAGAAGAAGCGCAAGACCAACACUCUGGUUGUCCCGCGCAAGACGCGUUUCUACUGCGGCACACCUCUAUGCACUGGACUUCACCCGCUACGUCCGGCAGCCCCCGGUGCCACGGCCGUCAUCAUCACCGCCGGCGUCAACCAGAAGCCCGGCCAGACCCGCAUGGACCUAGUCAAUACCAACUACGGCCUGUUCGAGAGGAUUGCCUACCCUGUAUCUACAUCCCUAACGACAUGGUGGGCGCUAUCAUUGGCAAGGGUGGACAGAAGAUCAACGAGGUCAGGCAGAUCUCUGGUAGUGUGA